AUAAGAUCGUUUGCAUUAGAAAUGAGACAUUCCAUACACUUUAAAUGCAGGCAGCAAUCGUUGCUGCUUGAUGAUAGUUGUGAUGCUUGGCAAACGGGGAGAGGGAGAGACAAGGAGCCACCCAAGCUCCAAAAGAGGAAUCAUGACACGUAUAUUUGUGUGGACGAAAAUAAGUACUGUACGUUGUUUGUAGUUAUGAUUAAAUGACAGGGGAAAAUUACUGAAUGUGGCAACGUCUUAAUUCUUGUUGUAGGCAAAUGGAACGCGCCAUAUUUUUGUCCCCUUUGAAAAUCAGCUGUUGGUUUCGUCACACAUCACAUGACCAAUAUUUACGGAAGUUCCAUCAUUUUGCGGGUCCUCGUUUUUUUUUUUUUUCUUUAACAUUCUUCUUCAUUUCCUAACCCAACUAAAGAGUUACCCAAAAACGAGAUGCACAGAAAGUCGCACAUUGGUAACAAAUGUGUGUUAGAUAACGAAGUAACCGCUUUGCUUUGUCAUUAUUAAUAAACCGCUAGGUUUGGUUUCGCCGGCUAGCUAAGUUGUCAUUCUUGUAGCGUUUUUGAGGUGGUCGUUUCGAAGGUGUUCUGGGACCGCGUGAAGUCAAAUUUGGUCGUGUUUCGCGAAGUUAAAUUAACGUUUGAAUAGUUAGGUUGAGUGAACGAACGGUCAACGUUAGUUCUUGUAGCUAUUAGCAUCAUGGGCGCUGAGCAGAGUGGAGAUGCAGAGCACAAACACUCCGACUACAGUUCCACAGUGGUUCCCUCUCCGGCUAAGCAGAAGGCAAAGAUGGAUGACAUUGUCGUGGUGGCUCAGGGGACGCAGUCCAUGAGGAACAUCCACAGUGACCCGGAUGUCAUUAAACUCCAGGAGAUCCCCACCUUUCAACCCCUCCUGAAAGGAGUGUUGAGCGGCCAGACGUCCCCCAGCAGCGUGUGCCUGGAGAGACUGGACCCCGCCCAGGUGCUGCAGCUGUGCACCCGCUACCAGGACCACCUGCACCAGUGCGCCGAGGCCGUCUCCUUUGACCAAAACGCUUUAGUCAAGCGCAUCAAAGAGAUGGACCUCUCGGUGGAGACCCUGUUCAGCAUCAUGCAAGAGCGUCAGAAGCGCUACGCCAAGUACGCAGAGCAGAUCCAGAAGGUCAACGAAAUGUCAAUGAUCCUGCGCCGCAUCCAGAUGGGCAUCGAUCAGACGGUGCCGCUGAUGGAGAGGCUCAACAACAUGCUGCCCGAGAGCGAGCGCCUGGAGCCCUUCGCCAUGAGGUCCGACGCGGACUCUAGUACCAAGUAAGCCGGUCGUGAGGAGCUUACUGAGGCGGGGACCGCUUCUUUCCAUUAUUUCGGAUUCCGUUACUGAACUUGAACUUGGGAGGAUUUGGUUCUCCUGAAUUGUGACAGUGGAAGUGUCAGACGUGAAUGUGAAUGAGCUUGGAUGCCUCAAAAACCUGAAAAACUCGCAACUCAAUGGAUUUAAACGCUGCAGAAACACGGGGACUAACUCAAGAGGAAAUGAUACUUCCAGUGUGGACCAGAUACAUUUUCUUUCUACCUAUCUAGCUGGGGGUAAAUGUGACUUUAUUUGCCCCCAUGUCAGUGUUUCAAUGCAGCCAUUGUCAACGUGCUAAUGUCUCCUCCUAUCAAGUUUCUUUCGCACGGAGAUCUACAACUAAUGCUACUAAGAUUCAAAGUCAUCCUGUUCUCAAAGCCAUUAAACAUAUAUGUGGCUGAUUUUUAGCUGCAUGUCACAAAUGAAAAAGAAAUUAAUAUUCUGUCGCAAAGGUUGCAUUUCCAAAAUAAAUCCACCACGAAGAAGUAUCGUUUUAUUCUACGUUUGCUUUCUGUUGUCACUGUCACGGCUUCUGGCACAAGUGCUCCGGCGCAUUAUUGUGGCACGAGAGAUCAGAAUCCAAUUUGACUUAAUUCAUCAGGCAAUUGCUAUUUAUUUAGCUUUGUUUCUAUUUAUAUGCCAGCAACAUAUAGUGAUACGCAGAGCACUUUAAUGCUCUUCUACUAGAUGGCAUAGGGUAUAGUUGACCUGUCUCUCCACCCAUACCCAUCCAUAGAAUAAAUUGAGACAAGAUAUUUUUCAUUAUAAAGCGUUCCCUUGAGAUGCAAGUGGCCCCAACUAAAGAGUUUUUUUUCUCAACUUUUAAAAUUAACAUUGAAAAAAAAUUUAAUACUGUGAAGAAAUCAGCUCAGAUUUUGGAGGGCCGUAAAUGUUUAAAAUACACACUCGGAGUAAAACUCAAAUAUGGAAUUAAAUUAGUGCCACCAGGGUUUGAAUUUGAAAUGCCACAGAAAAUAGGAUUUGAAUCUGAAAUGUAAAGUGAUCACAUUUUCAAUAGUUGUAUUUCAGUGUAACUUUUCAAUGUUAACAAUUCAACUGGCUACAAUUCGCUGUCGGAAAUUCACCGUCUG